UAUCAAAAUAGCAAACCUAUAUUGCAAGACGUCUAAAUUAUUUUAGCUAUUUAUAGUAACUACACAUGAAAUUGUUAAUUAUGGUUAAGUAUCAAUUCAUAUUUUUGCUAAUUUAUAUAUCUUCAUGCGUUCUCGGUUAUAUGAAGAGUUUAUAUACAAUUCCAAAUAUAAAUAAAGAUACUUUGAGAGAUUCUUUCUGCAAUAGCUACGAGGUACCUGAACAAUCUUUCUAUUUAAAGAAAAACAUAGAUACACCUAUCAAUGUGCAACCUAUGGAGGCUGAAAACAAGAUGGCGAUCACAACGUUUAUGACAGCCUCUGUACCUGAAACUGUUAAAGAAGAUCCUAUUUCAGUAUUUGAGAAACAAAUGUAUAAAUUUCUUUAUGGGCAAAAAACUCCCGAAGAUAUAGCCAAAAUCUUGGAGAAUCAAAAGUUGAGUUUCAAAGAAUUUAAUGAUGAUUCUCUUGCGCAGUAUCCAAAUGGGAACAUAAUGAGGGCAGAAUUGUUUGACAAUAAAAGCAGUGUACAUCUUCCGCUAUCCGAAUAUAUGCACCAAGGUCAUUGUAAUCUGAAAAUUACAAAAGAUUAUAUGCAAACGGCUGUGAAUGCUUUUUCCAUAUUUUUGGAAGGAAAUGUAGAUGAUAUUAUGCGAUUGCCUCCUAUGUAUGUAUUACGAUCGGCUCGCACCAUUGCUAUGAUGAAAAUAGGCCGCGAAAAACUGGCAGCAACAUGGACUGUGGUGAAAGGCAAUAACAGUUCUGAUAGUAUAUCUUACCAGACUCUUGAGAUGUAUCGGCCACUAUUUAAAUAUCUUAAUGGAAGAGAAAUUGCCAGACUCAAUUUAAGCGAUGAUAAAAUACUGAUGUACGUCGGUACACAUGCUGAUCUUAAUAGACAUCAGGUAGGUGUAGUGGCGAGCAAAUACUUACAACUGAAUAAGAAUUGGAUGCAUCCAAAAUAUUUAAAUUUGAUGAACAAUUUGCUGUGUGGCGUACCUAUGACUUUCAUGAGAAAGAUCCCUGAGAAUACUUAUUUGCAACUGGCUCAUCAGGUAUUCUAUCAUAUACGUGCAUGCGAUCCUCUGCAGCGAAGAUUCUAUCUUGCAAUGAUGACAAAAACACAGGCACUAGGAAAAUCGUACAGUUGGAGUGCUCGAGAUGUCUCCCGCUUAGGACUGCUGUUAGCUGAAGUAGAGGGUCCUGCUUUGAGUGCUAUUAACCCAGAAGCUAUGUCCGGUAUCACAGCACAGAUAAUGCUUGAAAUGCCGGCAUCGAGUUUGAAGUACAUCACAGAAAUGCAGCUGCGUUACAUCGGUCAGAAGCCUCUUAACAUACUGGCAAAAAAGCUAAUGGUAUUUCAAGACGAACAACGAAUAAAAUUAGGACACAAUACAAGUGAUAUGGUACAUCCUUGUUUCAUAUUAGAAAUAAUAUUGUUAGGUAUGCUGUUAUCUUUAGGUACUACGUAUAGCUACAUACAAAUAUUUUAUUAA